CACAUGCUUUGAGAAAAAUGAAAUUGCGUUGGAGUGCUGGUUGAUGUGUUUUGCUUUCGGACGUGAAAACAUUAAAAAAUCACGAAUCUCGUCUUCUUUUUUUCGCCGGAAGUUGGAGGAAUGUUCUGAUAGAUUGGCGCGGGAUAUUGUAAAGCGGAAGCAUCAAGAAAUGGAUUCAGCAUGGCAUCGCCACCAUGUCCCGCCAGGAUAGGAAAGUUCUUUUUGUAGGAGAUUCCAUCAUUAGAAACUUGGAGGAUUAUUUGUAUCAUUUAAAUUUGGACUAUGACUACAAUGUUCUUUGUUUUCCGGGAGCGAAAGUGAGCGAUUUAAGACAUUUGGUGAAGGAACAUUUUUAUGACAUAUUAUACGAAGAGAAUACUACACAUAUCGUUGUGCAUGUUGGAACGAAUAACUUGAAGAAAGGCAUCUGGGAGAAAGAUCAGCGGGAUUUCACCAAACUUGUAAACACUUUAACUGAAUUAUUUCGAAGGGCACACAUUAUAUUUUCAGGUAUUUUACCACGUUGGGACUGUGAAGAACUAUAUGAAAAAUCACUUCAUUACAAUACGCAGAUUGAACAAUUAUGUACAAAGCUACAUUGUGGAUAUGUUGAUCUUAGCGAUACCAUAUUGGAACUUGAUGAUGGAUUUGGUGAUAAUGGAUUUGUUAAUGAUGGACUGCAUCUAAGUGCGUUAGGUAAAGCUUUUUUUUCACACUCCUUGGAUUUGUAUUUAGUAUCAUUGUUUGCAAAACAAAUUAAAAAAACUUCUACUUCGAGUGCAUGGAUUCCUAAAGAACUAAAAAGGAUUUGGACCUCCAAACCACAGAAGCGAAUUGAUCAGAAAGAGACAAGUGCUCAUUCCUUUUUGAGUAAUAGGAAAAAGAACAAAAGAAAGUGUCAGUCUAAAAGAAAUCAAACAUACAUCACAUCAGAUGGCUUUACUCAUCCACGGAAGGUCGUAAAGAACAAACCAUUACCCAAGCUACCACCAGGACAACACAUUGGCAAAAAAAUUGUAGGAUGGAUUCCAUAUAAGCAUACACAAGUACCGAUACAUACUAUUCGCAAAGCAAAUGUCAGCAAUGUGCCACUGCCAGCACAAAGAAAGGAGUAUGUCAAGAGGAAAAACUCUGAAAGACAGAGAAGAAGGAAAGAUAGGACAGCUCACCGGAGAAAGAAGAAAAAGGUCCAUCGCUGGUUUGAAGCCCCUGAGCAUGAUGUAUACCUGGAACAGGAAUUCAUUUCCAGCAAAAGUAUACCACCUCAAGAGACUACAUGUACAUGCACUCAGAAAGAAUCGAAGGCAUCAGCUGUCCCUAGCACGGAUCAGUCCCACUUUCAUCCAUCUCAGCUGUCACCAUUUUCUGCCGAAAAUUCACCAAAAAGUGCUUUGCCAUCAACGUUUCCAUGUUCUAGGCCAAGUGAUGGUUCAUUAAAUCCUACUGGAAGGACCAUCAUGUUUCCUACACCUUCUCCUUCCAAAAUGACGGACAGCAUUGUUCAUCAGCCCUCUGGAAGGCCACCUGACUUGCCCUCCACUCAACCUUUGCCAUGCUCACCACCAAGCUUGCCGUCCAGCCAACCUUUGCCAUGUUCACCAUCUAUCUUACCGUCCACUCAACCUUUGCCAUGCUCACCAUCUAUCUUGCCAUCCAGUCAACCUUUGCCAUGCUCACCAUCAAGCUUGCCCUCCAGGCAACCUUUGCCAUGCUCACCAUCAAGCUUGCCGUCCACUGCGUCCAGUCCACCUUUGCCAUGCUCACCAUCAAGCUUGCCACCAUUUAAUGACGGCCAACCAACCCAGGCAACAGAUAGGCCUCCUGAACCAAUCUUGUUGCUGAGAUCUGAUGUUACAUGUAAUACUUCCAAUCCAUCGUUGGGGUAAAGAAAAGGCUUUUACCUGCAUGCCAGAAGCAGGAAUGUGGUCCUUGCAAAAUAUGUAAUUGUAAAUCUGUUAAAUAUUCCCAUCUGUUAAAUGUAAAAUCAGUUGAAUUAGUUGAACUCAUUAAGAAUUUAUGUCAUGUAGAUAUGGAAAGUUGUAUUUGUGCUAAAUGCAUGGCAAAAUAUACAAAAAAAUUGAAGGAUCCCAUGUACACUCCACAAAAACAUAGGAAGAAAGAAAGGAGUGUUUGUUUUUUAUCGUUUUUUGAUAUGUGCUCUGACACAUCUCAGAGAGAUUGUAAUUGCACUCUUGAAUCAUUCAAUAAUUGUUUUUCCUUAAAAUGUAUUUCAAUCCCGGAAACAUUAUCAUUAUGUAUAAAGCACCGCACGCAGCUGUCACGGUUCCAGAAUUGGGAAUGCUGUUCUGUUUGUGAAGAUUAUAUUAAAACGGAAGACAGAAGGUAUUCAUGUGCAACGAUGGUUGACAUAGAUAAAGAGAGACUUAGCAAUAUAAAUGAAAAUCUGUCUCUUAAUGCUGACAGUAUAUUAUGCAGUUCAUGUUACAGAUACACUUUGAAACAAAUGAAUAAACCAGCUUCAUCAAUUGAUGAGCUACAAAAAAUGCUGAAAAUUGAAGCUGCACAACAUGAAAUUAACAAAACAACUCAGGAAACAAUACCAGACAAAGUGAUGUAUGAUGUUUAUUUAUAUGUAUGUACAUUAUGUGAAAAAGAUAAAUGUUUCUUGCUUUUAACUGUAUACAAAUACUAUGUUUCAAAACUGAGAAUAAUAUGCAAGGAAGAUAUGUAUUAUGAACAUAUGAAGAAAAGCCCUUCAUAUCUUAACGGUAGGAUAAUUCAUAAGUUUGGUGAUCUUUUGUCUACGCACAGAAUUGCACGCAAAUAUGGUUUGUUUUAUUAUCCUUCACAUUUAUCACAUGAAGAUAUUCUAUGUGCUUGGCAUUUGUCACACUCAAAACUCAACAAGGUCCAAAGUAAUCAAUCAGGUGAAGAUAUUGAGAUGAUGGAUGAUGAAUCUUUUUCCUUCACUAAUACCGAAUCAGAUUGUAAUAUGCAGUUCAGAAAAAUUGCACUGGAAUGCAAUGAAUUAUUACGCAAACAAGGAAGGGACAUAACCGCUCAUUUUAUUGCGAACCCAAUGUCCUUAGCUGAAUUCAAAUUUGAGACUGCUUUUGAUUUAUUCACCCCCCUUAUUUGGAACAUUAUUUGUAUCAUAACAUCUACUCAGGAUGAGAUCAAAUUUUUCAAGCAAUCUGACAUGAAUAUUGUUAAAGAAUAUGUACAGUUUCCAUCUGAAGAAGGGCAGGCCAGUCACAGAAGGAAACAGAGAAGAGUUGCUACAAUAAUCUUGUUGCAAUUCAUCAUAAAUGAUGAGAACAACUACCCUUUGCAUGUCAUUGUUGCCAACUGUGUCAAGAAAAUGUCUCAUUCAACAAAGUUGUUAAAGAUCUUAAAUCAAAUAGGAUUUUCUUGCUCUGAAAGUACAUUAGAUCGAUUCUUACAGGAUAUUCAUGAUAAACGUGCACAAGCUGGGCCCCUCUCUGAACUUGAAACAUCUGCAUUUACCAUUGUGUCCAUUGAUAAUGUUGAUGUUGUCACUCCAUAUGCUGCUGUUACUUUUGAUAAAUCUAGAAGUUGGCAUGGGACAUCCAUUAUGGCUCAGCAACCAAAACCAACAUCUGAAAUUUUACACAAAAAUGAGCAACUUGAUGUGCAAUAUGCAGGUCCUGUUCAGGCAGAUACAUCCUCUAUUGACAACCCGUCAACGUCAUUCAGUAUUGAGAAUCAUUCCCAGCCUGCCACUUUGGUAAGAAAACCCAAAGUGCAUAGAAGAUUAGCGACUUUAGAUUCUCUUGAAAUACCAAAUACCCAAACUUUUGAGACUCCUGUGUUUAAAACAUCUAUCAGGUCACAGCUGAAUGAAAAACAUUUUUCAUUGACUGAAGAUGAAAUAAAAGCUGAAACAUCAGUUUAUAAGGAAGCCUUUUUGUAUAUUGUUGAGAGGUACUAUUAUGUGCAUAAAGAUAUUCCUAUCACAAUUCCAAGCUUUAAAUGCAAGUUAGCCUUACAAGAACAGAAAACAAUAGAAAAAUCAAAAUUUUCUUACAUGUAUGUUUUGAAUGAGAAAGCAGAUUCUGCUGACACUUUAAAACGUUCACUUGGCCUUUUAUAUGACUCGUUUAAAGUUGGUAAAGACAUCAACCAUCUUAUUGUAGUUGGUGAUGGGGCAACAUUUAGACUUCUUGUUAAUCUAAAAAAAGAAUUUGGAGCAUCUUUAGACUGGGUAAUUCCCUACAUUGGUGACUGGCAUGUGCUUAAGAACUUUCAGGAAGUUUUGAUGAAGGUAUUUUGGGAUGCUGGGCUAAAAGAUAUUGCAAAAUUGACACACAAACAGUCUACUCUAACAAGCUUAGGAAGUUGUUCAAAUUUUAAGCGUACUCAUAAGUUUCUCAUGCAAGUAUACGAAGCCAUUUUCAUGGUGCAGUUCAAUUGCUUUCUAUCUUAUAAAGAAAAAAAACAUGUUGAUUUCAGUGGAGAAGAAUUUUUGAAGAAAGUUGGGGAUGUUGUUUCAUGCCUGAGCCAUAAAGAUGGGGAAUAUGAAGGUGUCCCUGAGUUUCUGAAACAACAAAGUGAUUUCCAGACAAACAUUCUCAACCCUAUUCAUGAGGAAUACUUAGAUUUCUGCAAAGAAAUGUCUGAAAGACUUGAAACAUUUCGUUUUUGGCACCAGUUUUUGGCAAGAGAUUGCCUGUGUUAUAUAAAUCUACACUUGGCAAUUAGAAUUGGUGACUGGAAUUUGAGAAUUGCUGCCCUAAAAUCUAUGGUUCCACUUUUCCAUGCCUUUGACAGACAAAAUUAUUCUUUUCUUAUUCCACUACAUUUCAGUACCAUACACAGUCUGCCAGAAUAUGUUCUUGAACAUUUUAGGAAAGGUUCCUUUGUAUGUAGUGUAACUGGAGCAAAUUAUUCCAAGGUUGCCUGGGACGAAGCGCAUGAAAUGCUUAUUAACAAGGAUUGUAAAAACAGUUUUGCAGAACAUCUACCACAACAUAUUGAGAAGAUAUGUGCAACUCUCGAAUUCCAAGCAAAAGUAGUGUCCAACUUAGAAGAACAGACAGGUUCAAAGAAAAGAGGUCUUUUUCAAAGGGACUUGCAGCUGUCAGUUGUUAAAAAUGAAUUCCUUAAUGUUAGAAAUUAUUUCAAUAUUCUACAUGGUACUUCUAUUUUUUCUGAUACUCCCAAUCAUUUAUCACUGUAUCAUAUUUUUUCUGGAGUCGAAGCAACCCCUGUCCAGCAGAGAGGCCUACUUUCAUAUAGACAGUUAGGACAAGAAGCAUACGAGUCUUUAUACAAAUUACAAAUUUUAAAAGAAACCUCUCAAAAAAGACCAGUGAUGAGAAAAUUCAAAUUGAAGACUUUUGCAAAAGAAAAGAUAAGGGCAAAGAAGAUAUCUGAUCUCGAAAAAGAAAAACGAAUGAUAACAAAAUGCUACAAACAUGCGAUGGCAUUCUCACUUGAGAAAAAUCAGCCUAUCGCAGAGCUGAAUCAAUUUGUCGAAAAUCCACGUGCAAUAUGUACCAUUGAUGGUCUCCCAUACAAAGGGGCCAAGUCAGUUGUCUACUUUUAUUUUGGUAAAAGGUACACAGCUGACUAUCAAGUUUUGAGUAAUUCAAUACAAUUUGAUGACAAUUCAUCUGUGUGUGUCAUAUUAGAAGGUAUGAAUAUGAUUCACUCUUCUCCAUUAAGACAGUUCAAGAUAUUUAAUGAAUAUGCAGACUUUUUGACUCGAAGGUGGAUUGGUUUUUAUUUGGGUAAAGGUUACAGAGAGGUACGAGUCCUUUUUGAUCAAUAUAAUACGCAAGGAAUUUCACCAAAGUACAUGGAAAGAACCCGUCGAGAUGGUGGAAAUAAAGAUGAAUCUGUAGUUUAUGAUACAAUAGAUGAUAAUGUCCCAUUACCAAAGAAUUGGGAAAAAUUUUUGAAACAUAGACCAAAUAAGCAUAAACUUUGUCAAUAUCUGUCUAGAAAAUUUAUAGAAACUGUUAAGCCAUACUUGCAGAAUAGGAAUCAAUUAUUUAUUACAUCAGGAGGUUUUCACGUGGGUGAAUCUGGAGAACAUGAAUGGAGUGGUGCUGUGGUGACAGUCCAAGGGGUUGAUAGACACCACAUUGUCCAUAAUCACGAGGAAAGUGAUACUCAAAUCUGGCUGCAUGUGUUUGAUACUAAUUGUAACACUAUAUUGAUUUACUCUAUAGAUCGAGACAUUGGUAUGAUUGGCCUGCCCUUAGAUUUUGGUAACAAAAAAAAAUCAUAAUACAAUAUAGAGCGAAGGCUUUUGAUGAGAAGUAUCUGGACCUGAGUCUUUUCCAAUCAGCUUGCAUGAAAGAUGCUGAUUUAGGGCAUUUGAUAGAAAGAAACAUUGAUGUUAAAAAGUGUCUUCAGGUUUUAUAUAUUUGCUCGGGAUGUGAUUUUGUGUCAUUUUUUGUUCACAAAGGAAAGGGCUUGUUCUUUAAAACAUUUUUCCAAUUCGCGACAUUCAUUUCUGGUGAAGAAUCGCCUUCAAGUCCAGGUCAUCUUUCCCAAACAAGUCUUGACAUAAACUCAGAAAAUGGUAUGUUAGCAUUUUACCGCCUUGUCAUGUGUGUUUACUUCACAACAAACAGAGCAUGUUUACAUGAUUAUGACUCCCCUGUAGAACUCUUUCACAGUAUCAUUGCUGAUAAUGUGGUAGAGAAACAUUUAAAGGCACUGGAUGUUGUACGGAAGGCAUCGUGGAAAGUGGGUUAUGAAGAUGAAAUGUUACCAUCUGAUGAAGCCUUGCGUCUUCAUUGGUUAAGAUCUUGUUGGGUAAGUUCAGUAUGGGAUAGUGUUAAAAUAGAAAAAUUCAUGUAUCCAGAUAUUUGCAAGUAUGGCUUUAAAGUGUUCGAGGUUGAAGGAGAAAAAGUAGUAGGUGUGGAGUGGGAUUCAG